AUGAGAAGAAUACAAUGGAGUCACUGGACUCCAAAAACAAUAUGGAAAGCUCUGGGGAUUGAUAAACGGACCGUGCUUCAGAUGUUGAAGGGCGGUUUACCCCCGACAAUCGUUAUAGCAAUGUACCAGUCUAAUGUAGUGACGGGGAUCUCACAGAACUACGGUUUUUUGUCCGCAAUUAUUGCCGUGGUAGCUCAAUGCCUUCUGCCUCGGGCAAGAUUCACUAAAAUCAUGCUAUUUUCCCUCAGUGCAUUAUGUGUUUCAGCCUCGAUAUGCUGUCUAGGAGUAUAUUGUGUAAUCAAAGCAAGGGAACACACGACGGCCCCUGGGAAACGAGCAGGCGGAUAUAACGCCAGUGCCUGUGCGGUAGUGGCUAUAUGGUUCUUAUUUGCAAUAUGGCUGGUGAACUCCAUCCGUGCAUUCAGACCGAUAGAGCUGCAAGCACCGGCUUCAACGUUUUCCAUGUUUAUUGCGAUUACCAUGACUAGGGCAGGGGUGGUAGUCUCGCUCUCGUCUGCUCUACAGGGAAUCAAGAGCUUGCUUCUUGCAUUUUUGAUUGGCUUUGCCGUCUCAACAGGUGUUUCGCUAUUCAUCUUGCCCACCACAAGUCGGGGUACUUUAUUCCAUUCCAUUAGAGGAUAUCCUGCGAUAGUGAAAGAAAUACUGGAUAGCCAGAUAGCAUUCGUGAAAUGCAGUGAAGAAGAGGGCCCAUGGCAGCUCACGCGGCGAGCAACUAUAGCUCGUCGAAGGACGAAUACAUUUCCCAAGCCACGCGGAGUGAAGAAGAAGAAGGCAAAUAAAGAAAAAGAGCUUACAGAGAGCGAAUCGAAAGCUGCUCAGUUAAAAAAUGGAAUCCGAGACCUCUCAUCGAUCCACUCUUCCGUCUAUGCAGAAUUAUAUUUUGCAAAGCAAGAGAUUGCCUGGGGUAGACUCACCGCAGAAGAUCUCGAGACUCUAUUUUCUCUGUUGCGUUCGAUCUUGCUUCCUCUUUCUGGAAUUGCUAUGCUUCCAGAGGUGUUUCGGAAGUUAACUAAAACCGUGGAGGCUGCGGAUAUAGCAGAGGUUCAUGUCACUGAUUAUGGCUAUAGGCCAGUGGUUGGGGGACGCCCGCCUCUAAUGCCUAGUGAGUUGCAGUAUGAAAUACCUGAGAUCACUGAGCACUUUGUGCAGCCGCUUUGUGACAGGCUGGAAACAACCUCUGGUCUUGUAGAAGCUGGGUUCCAACACGCUUUUAUAACCUUACGGUUAACAAAUCCGCCCAAAAAGCAUGGAGCAUCUUCUGGUACUCGCGAUGAGGAAACGCCCGAAGAGAAAUCUGUACCCGGGAACCCCCAUUUUGUUGCUGGAUUCGAACAGAGAUUAAACGAUUACUUUGCCCUGCGGAAGCGCCUACCGGAAAAGUGGGCAACGCUCACUGCCUUUGCCCCUUUUCAUGAACGAGGUAGUAUUGCGCAGGAACCACGUACUAUUCAAAAGGAGUUCUUUGUUCUCCUAUUCAUUAGCCACCUGCAAGAUAUCCUGCUUCAAGCCGUACUAGAUCUGGUUUACUUUGCAGAAAGCAAAGUUGCUGAUGGGACAGUAAAAUCAAAACGGCUUCAAUUCCCAAAACGAGAAUACGUAAAGCAAUGGUUUUUUGCUAGUGACCCAGAAGAGAAUGGCGAUGAUAAAAAAAGUAACGCACCAGAGAAAAAGAAACAAGAAACGGAUAGCCAUCGCCCAAAAGGACAAGAUCCUUUGAAAUCUCGGUACCCUGAUCCAGAGCAUAUGCCUCCCACAAACAUUUGGCAGAGAAUUGGCCGUGGAAUCCGAGCCAUUUCCCACUUCCUUAGUUCCGAGCAAAGUUCGUUUGGUGUUCGAGUUGCAAUCGCAUCAUUUUGUGCUGUUAUACUUGCAUACCUGCCACAAACUCAGGAAUUCUUCUUUCGGAUGCGAGCCAUUUGGGUUGUCAUUGUCAUUCUCAUUGCGAUGAACCCUACUAGUGGGAAUUCACUCUUUGGCUUGAUGGGUCGAUUUAUAGCAACCAUCUUAGCCACUAUCCUCGCACUCGUUGUCUGGUAUGUGGUUUAUGGGAAAACAGCAGGCGUCAUUGUGUUGACGUAUGUGGCCAACUGUCUCCAGUAUUAUCCUUAUAUCAAAAACCCAAGAUUUAUCCCCCCUACUAUUAUCGGAGUAAUUACUUUCAACCUCAUAAUAGCCUUUGAACUGCUGUCUCGAAAACUCGGGAUAGAAAAGGUAGAAUCCUCUGGCCUACCAUAUUACCCAGUAUAUCUAUUUGGGCCAUACCGAUGUAUCGCUGUCAUUGCAGCCUGUGCAAUUUCUUACUUCUGGGUGGUGUUUCCAAGCCCAACCUCAGCUGGAUCCCGAGUCAGGAAAACGCUAGGUAGAAGUCUCUUUGUCCUGGCAAACUUUUAUAGUUGCAUGCAUACCUCAAUAGAAGUAUGGAUAAACCAGGAGCAGGGGGAUAUAAAUGACAGCCAGUCACCUGGCCAGCUCCUCGACCGCGCCAGGACUAAGUUGUUGGCAGAGGAAAUGGCUCUAUCAAAGAGCUUAAGGGUAUUCAGCGAUUUCACGCGGUAUGAGCCUCCAAUUGGGGGCCGUUUCCCGAAAGAAACUUAUGACAAUAUUAUUUCUGCCAUUCAAACCAUCCUUACCAGCAUGGAUUUGAUGGCAUUCGCAACUAGAAACCUUGAGCGUAUGUCAGGGCACAGCUCGGCCACAGACGCGGCUGAUAAUUUGCCUAACACUAGAAGGAGGCCCAGCAUGAGCACUACAUCACGGCAUCAAAUCGUCGAAGGAGAAAGAUGGAUCCAGAAUCUGGCUGAGGCAGCUAACUCGCCAGAAUUUCGCUCGGGAGUUAUCACCUCUGUGUUAUACCAUCUAUCAGCUGCUGUUACAAACAGCCUCUGCCUACCACCAUACCUAGCUCCUCCACACCCUUUCCCAUUAGCACGGAGGCUGCGGUACAUCAACGAAGAUUUGUUGAGAUUUAGGAAUGUGGAGAAUCCCUCAUUCGCCGCUAUAAUUGCGAUUGAGGUUUUGAGUUCCAUGGUGAGCUCAAAUUUAAAAACGUUGAUGAGCGAUGUCAAGCGACUUGUGGGGGAGCUCAACUUUGACGUCUAUGUUCGAGAACACCGGCGCCAGGUGCGAGAGGAGAGACAGCACUCGGGUGAGACAGACGAGAGUGCAGAGGGAGAUUGA